AUGGCAAAAGCUAUACCAAAAAUUUGUUCGUGUAGGAAUGGACAUAUUGGUUUACGUAAGGGUGCAUGUAGAAUACCAAAUGGAGUUAUUCAUGUUCAAGCAAGUUUCAAUUAUACCAUUGUCACUGUUACAGAUGUAUGGGGUCGAGUAGUUUCUUGGUCCUCCGCUGGUACUUCUAGAUUCAAAGGUAUUAGAAGCGGGACACCAUUUGCUGCUCAAACUGCUGCAGCAAACGGUAUCUGUAUCCUAGUGGAUCAAGGUAUGCAACAAGAAGAAGUCAUGAUAAAAGGUCCCGGUCUCGAAAGAGAUGAGCAUUACGAGCUAUUCGUCGAAGUGGUCCAACUUUCUGUUCCUUCUACUAUCAUGAACCAGGUAAAAGCGCAUGUUCCUUUUGCUAUCAUGGACCAGGCGACUUCAGCUCAGAAACUUUCAAAGUCACCAAAAUCUGACCUUACUUUUGUCAGUUGUUGCUCUUCAUAG